AUAAAUUCUAACCUAUCUCUCUAUCAAAAUCAGAGCAAACGAUCAUUAUUGUUAAGUAGGUCUCUCCUCUGAUCGUCUUCUCCCUUCUCAUCUAAUCUCUUUAAUUCUCUUUCCGUCCUUUUGUUAAUCAAACAAUGACCACUGAGACCGGUGAAAUCAGCAUCGUAUGCAACCACUGUGACAGAGACAUUCCAGCGCUAAACAUCGAUCUGCAUCGUGUACAUUGCGCCCGGAACCUAGAGAAAUGUAAGAUUUGUGGUGAUAUGGUUCCUAAAAAGCAUGCUGAGGAACACUUCUUGAACACACAUGCACCGGUACCAUGCUCGAUGUGCAAAGAAACCAUAGACCGUGAGGUUUUUGAUAAUCAUAAAGGAGAAUUUUGCCCCAAGAGGAUUGUAACGUGUGAGUUCUGUGAGUUUCCUUUGCCUGCUGUUGAUCUUGCUGAGCAUCAGGAAGUAUGUGGCAACCGCACGGAGCUUUGUUAUCAAUGCAACAGCUAUGUUAGAUUGCGAGAAACAUAUAGCCAUCAAACCAAGUGCCCUGGUUCUGUUCUCAACAAUGUUGAAUCAUCCAGAAGGAUCCCAAGAGCAGCAGAAGGAGAUGGAAACGGCAGGAGGAGAAGAGAUGGGAACGGUUUUUCUAACAAAAGGCUUUUUUUCACUAUAGCAAUAACGGGAAUAGCUGUCUUGAUAGGAUCUUUCUUCUUCCAGAGGAAGCCUGAGGGGAGCUAAACAGAGACAUGGCUUGUGUGUAGUUCUGUAAAUUUCAAACUCAGGGUUUUUAUACUUUUUAAUCCUUACCGAGACAGAGAUGUUCAUCCGAAAAGAUUGUUUAAGCUGAGCACCAUGAGACUUUCUUUUGUAUUUGGUUUCAAUAAAAGGAGAUUUCAGGUUUAUUUUGGUUACAAAUUAAGAGGACGUAGGAUACGGCACUGUUUUG